AUGGAUUACCAGAAUCGUGCAGGCUCCAAAUUCGGCGGCGGCGGCGUCGCCUCCAAGUCCGCCACCAACGCUGAUCGACGUGAGCGACUGCGCAAGCUCGCUAUGGAAACCAUGGACGUCGAAAAGGACCCCUACAUUUUCAGAAAUCAUUUGGGCACAUUCGAGUGCCGCCUCUGCCUGACGGUGCACCAGAAUGACGGCUCCUACCUCGCCCACACGCAGGGCCGCAAGCACCAAACGAACCUCGCACGACGAGCGGCCCGCGAGGCCCGUGAAGGAAAGAAUCAGGAUCCGUCUUCUAUUCCCGGCGCCGCGGGAGUGCAGGUCAAGAAGCAACUGAUCAAGAUUGGCCGUCCAGGAUACAAAAUCACCAAGAUCCGGGACCCUUUGACGCGCCAGCAAGGCUUGCUAUUCCAGCUGCAGUUCCAAGAGAUUACCCCCGGUGUUACACCCCGUGUGCGCUUUAUGUCGGCUUUUGAACAGCAGGUUGAGACUCCCGAUAAUAGGUACCAGUACCUGGUUGUUGCUGCGGAGCCUUACCAGACCUGUGCCUUCAAGCUGCAGGCUAGGGAAAUUGAUCGUCGGGAUGAACGCUACUGGACUUGGUUCGAUGAGGACAGCAAGGAGUUCUGGAUUCAGAUCAUGUUCAAGACCGAGCGAGAGGAGAUGUUCAGUGGUGUGCCUGGUCUGGCACCCGUGCAGACUUAA